AGUGGAGCAGCAAGGCACUGCGGUGAACGGAGCCGGUGGAGCUGAGGAGCGCCCGAACCGCUCGUUAUUCGUCACACAAGGACCUGCUUGAUGGAUCCACACCAGUGUUGCGACUGACAGGGUUUUGAGUCAUCCAGAUCAAAUCAAAUCUACGAACUCCACUUGAAGGAUAAUUACAUGUUUUGGGAUCAUCCUCAGAUGUGUAUUUGAAGCAUUGCUCGAAAUGCAGUAAAAGGAGACACAAACAAACAGAAGAAAGAGGCAUACAGCAGCCCUGAGGAGACCUCCAGCGGACAGCUGAUGGAUCUGUUAUCUUAGCAACAUGCUUUCAUUUUGAGGAAGGACCAGGGGAUUACCAGUAGGCUGAGAGAAGCCAUAUGUUUGUUUGUUUUUUAUUCGGAUCGUCAAGGAUCAAGGAUAUCCUAUUUAUCCCCAAGGGUCAGUUUAAAAGCAUGUUCUCAGACACUACAAGAAAGGCAAAUACUACAAUGACAAGUGAUUUUGAAGACUGACACACAAAGCAGCCACAUUCAUGGGAUACAGAUGAAUUGGGACUCCACUACAUGUGCCAUUCAGGGUACAUAUUCAGAGUGUACCCACCUUGGGGAUUACUUGCUUUUACCUCCACCACUGACACUAAAAAUGGACUUAAUUGCUUCUAAUGUUAAGACACUUUGAAAUCAAUUCUGCAUGUCUUCAGUGCAUUCUAGUGGUUGUCUGGGUGACGAUAAAGUCAUCAGACUGAGCCACAGUGGAGAAAUGUCUAACAUUAAGAUACAAGCACCUGCUGGAAGAUGCUGUUUGAAAGAGUGGUUUUUGAAAUCUUCAACAAUCUACUGCAGACAAGGAGUUUCUGUCAGUUUUUCUUUCCUCACCUUUAUCUUCUUACUCUUCUGCAUUGUAACACCCACCCAGUCGAUUCAUAUGGAGGCCAUAGAGAGCCACAGUGAGUUUAGCUGUGAGCCCAUCAGACUGAGAAUGUGCCAGGAUCUGCCUUACAACACCACCUUUAUGCCCAAUCUACUGAAUCAUUACGACCAGCAAACGGCUGCACUCGCCAUGGAGCCUUUUCAUCCAAUGGUGAACCUUGUGUGCAGUGCUGACCUGAGGAUGUUCCUGUGCGCCUUGUACGCUCCGGUGUGCACUAGGUACGGCCAGGUGUCCAUGCCAUGUCGAUCCAUCUGCCAGCAGGCCAAGGAUGAGUGCCACAAACUCAUGGAGGUAUUUGGAGUAGCCUGGCCAGAUGACAUGGAGUGUAGCAGGUUCCCAGAUUGUGAUGAGCCCUACCCUCGUCCACAGGACCUGCUCACAGACUCAGACCACACUGACAAUUCAUCCAUGACUGUCCAGAGAGACUAUGGAUUCUGGUGCCCCAGAGAGCUCAAGGUUGACCCAGACCUGGGCUACACAUUCAUGGGAAAGAAGGACUGUUCUGCCCCGUGCCCCUCAAUGUUCUUCAACAAGCAGGAACUGACCUUCAUCCGCUACUUCAUAGGAGUCGUUUCCAUCGUCUGUCUAUCGGCAACGCUCUUCACCUUCCUGACGUUUCUCAUUGAUGUUACCAGGUUUCGAUACCCUGAGCGGCCAAUAAUCUUCUACGCUGUGUGUUAUGUCAUGGUGUCGCUGGUUUUCUUUCUGGGCUUCCUGUUGGAUGACAGGGUAGCAUGUAAUGCAGUCAGCCCUGCCCAGUUUCGAGCUUCAACCAUAACACAGGGCUCACACAACAAGGUGUGCACCCUGUUCUUCAUGGUGUUGUAUUUCUUCACCAUGGCCGGCAGCGUGUGGUGGGUCAUACUGACUAUCACUUGGUUCCUGGCUGCUGUGCCUAAAUGGGGCAGCGAGGCCAUUGAGAAGAAAGCCCUCCUUUUCCAUGCUGUUGCCUGGGGGCUCCCAGGGGCCUUGACUGUCACCCUGUUGGCCCUGAACAAAAUUGAAGGAGAUGGGAUCAGUGGAGUGUGUUUCAUAGGGCUGUAUGACAUAGACGCCCUGAGGUGGUUUGUUCUGGCACCGCUCUGCCUCAACGUGGCGGUGGGUGUCUCUCUCCUGUUAGUGGGCAUUGUGGCUCUGAACCGGGUGCGCAUGGAGAUCCCUCUGGAGAAGGAGAACCAGACCAAACUAGUCAAGUUCAUGAUCCGAAUGGGAGUCUUCUCAGUGCUUUACCUGGUCCCCUUGUUGACUGUGAUUGGGUGCUACCUGUACGAACACACCUACAGGAACAUUUGGGAGACAACGUGGAUGGAAGAGAACUUCAAGCGCUAUCACAUCCCCUGUCCAUACAAGGUGGAGCAGAGCAGUCGGCCAGUUGCGGUUUUGUUCCUCGUUAAAUAUCUGAUGAUGUUGGUGGUGGGGAUCCCUUCUGUUUUCUGGGUGGGCAGCAAGAAGACCUGUUUUGAAUGGGCCAGCUUCCUGCAUGGACGCAGACGCAAAGACAGUGGGGUGAAUGAGUCUCGUCAGGUGCUGCAGGAGCAGCCAGACUUUGCCCAGUCUUUGCUGCGUGAACCCAACACCCCCGUUGUUAGGAAGUCCAGAGGAACAUCCACUCAGGGCACAUCCACCCACGCCUCUUCCACCCACCUGGCUGUUCUAGACGACCUUGAUGAACCGAUCAGAACUCACCACGGCCACCCCACCUCCACCAGGAGUAAGGCCAGUAGUGUCCACAGCAAGGCCAGCUACCACGGCAGCCUGCGCCGAACUCGUGAUGACAGGAGCGAUACCAUGGUUUACCGAGGUACAGAGGAGCGCAGUUUCCAUGGCAGCAUGCCCCAUCUCGAGCGCCCUCUCUCCACUCACAGCAGCCUCCAUCAGAUAGACGGCCACUCAAGGCAAGGCAGCCAGCGAGACACAUCUGAGACGCCACCUACCCUCAUCACCCAUGGAACAACAGGAAAUGACAGCCAAGCUGCUGAGAAUGAAGGCACCAGCGCCUGAGAAAAAGAGAUAAUUGUGAGGAUGCUGUCGCUGCCUCCUAAAGAAAGAUUUGCCCUCUGCUGAUACACACCUGUCUGUUAAGUGUGUAAGUGUUUUCCUCUAUGAAGGCAGAGGAUCUAUCACUCAUUUUGGCAUUGGUUCCAGGCUGAUCAUUUGUCAGCAGUGUGGCUAACACAGUUCAGUCAGUGAACUUGACCGAUCUCUCAAAGACUCAGUUUCACAGUCAAGCUGAAGUUUGUUUACUUAAUUACUUACAUUAACAGGACGGAUGACUCCUGAAUGCUUGACUCAAAGUGGCUGAGCCAACAGGAAUACGCCCAACAGUGAUGCUGACAUUAUUCAGGGAUCAUUUUGGUUGUGCUACAUUCAAGCAGAGCUGGCACUGGAUAGGAAACACUGAAAAGUGGGAAGAAGGACAAGAACACCUAGAUGGAUGUCCAGUCUUAUGGUGGCAAUUUAACAUUUUCAGGACCUACAUGAAUAUUAAUAAAUGUGACACUGCCGAGUAUUGCUUUUGUAACAAUCUUUACUGGUUUGCCAACUCUCUUGGAUACAUCUCACUUAAAGGUUGGCACAUUUGAAUCUCAGUCUUCACUAAGAUUUUAUUUUGCCAAUCUUUGUUUGCUCUGGACUGCAGCUUAAUGAACAAUGUUGAUCUUUGUGUGGCUUCAGAGAAUGAUAAAUAUGGGCUUAAUGUGAAAUCGUGGACCUCUCUGUGGUUUAGUGAAUAUUUUUAUACUGUGAAAAAUGUCUGACUGCUUCUGCGUGUGUGUGUGAGAGAAAGAGAGAGUGAGGAAGGGACACACAGGUGGACAUAUAUGUUUUAAACUUAAAGUUCUCUGAUGUAGGGAGCUAAAGCAUUUGUGUAACCUAGAAUGUAAAAGCGUUUUUUUCCCCAAGUCAGAAAGAUGGUGAUAUAAUACAGACAUGGUUGGGUGAAAUGAG